UGUAUAUAGCAAAUAGCCGAAAAUGUGUAAGGCAUAAUCUCAAGAAAAUACAGUACGCAAGGAUUUAAAGAUCCUUUGCUCAGCGACCCGACUUCAGUUUGAUCCUCUUUUUCCCGCUUCAUAGUUCAUACAACUGUCGUCAUCAACAUCAACAUCGUACGACAAAGAAACCCUUCUCACUAAGCAAAACCUUUACUCAAUUUCAACUUUUACUACGUUCUUGGAAACUACACACACAUAUAAAUAUAUAUGUAGUCUUUUACAUGGUGGACUUCUUAUAGCAAUGUACCUAAAAGUCAUUAAAGAAAUGAUAAUCAAGUCUUGCUGAGCCCAAUUUAUACCGUCUGAACUUCCGUUGGCAGGGGCAAAAGAUGAGUGCCAAGGGUUAUGGAGUUUUGGAGCCUACUCUAGUGGAAAUACUGGAUUUGGUUAAGCCUAAGAAUGAUGAUUGGGUGGCACGGUUCCAAGUAAUUGAAGAGUUUCGAAGGGUUGUUGACUCUCUGCAGAGCUUGAGAGGUGCAACCGUGGAGCCAUUUGGAUCAUUUGUGUCGAAUCUCUUCACUCGCUGGGGAGACUUGGACAUAUCUGUUCAACUGGCCAAUGGUUCUUUUAUUUCAUCUUCGGGUAAAAAGCAGAGACAGAAGUUGCUUGGAGAUCUUACUAAGGCCAUGAGACAGAAAGGUGGAUGGAAGAAGUUGCAGUUGAUCCGCAAUGCAAGAGUUCCCAUUUUAAAAGUAGAAAGCAAUAUCCAGAACAUCUCUUGUGAUAUUUCUAUUGACAAUCUGCAAGGCCAAAUGAAGUCCAAACUCUUGCUUUGGAUUAAUGAAAUAGAUACCCGCUUUCGUGAUAUGGUUUUACUGGUAAAGGAAUGGGCGAAAUCAUGUAAUAUCAAUAAUCCGAAGAGUGGGACUUUCAAUUCAUAUUCUCUGUGUUUGCUUGUGAUCUUCCAUUUUCAGACAUGCCAACCUGCAAUUUUUCCACCGCUGAAAGAUAUUUAUCCAGGAAACAUUACUGAUGAUCUUCAAGGUAUGAGGAUCAAUGCAGAGAGACUUGUAUCUGAAACAUGUACUGCAAACAUAGCCAGAUUCAGAUCAGACAGCCAGAGAGCAGUCAACCGAAGUUCUUUGUCUGAGCUUUUUUUGUCAUUCCUUGCAAAGUUUUCUGACAUAAGCUCAAGGGCCUCGGAGUUGGGGAUCAGUCCGUACACAGGAAAGUGGGAGCACAUAGCAAGCAAUACAAGAUGGUUGCCUCAAACCUAUGCCUUAUUUAUCGAAGAUCCUUUUGAACGACCAGAAAAUAGUGCAAGGGCUGUAAACAAGAGUCAACUGGCUAGGAUAUCAGAAGCAAUUCAAUCAACUCGUAACAGGCUUAUGUCAGCUAAUGUAAACAAGACUUCUGCUCUUAGCACAUUAGUCCAACAGCAAACGUUUCUUUUACUUCCAAGGAACCAAAGAUACAAUGCUGGGGGAUAUCAGCCAAAUUGGCAAGCCCCUGAGCAUGUACGAUCGCCAAACACAAGGAGAGGUGGGAACCAUCUCCAACCAACUCGGACACAGACUGCACAUUCUUACACUAAUGGAAGGUCACAGAUGGCACACCAUUACCCCACUGUGAGGCCACGGGCAUCGCACCCUUACUCAAAUGUGAGACCACAGAUUGCACACCCUUCCUCUGAUGCGAGGCCGCAGAUGGCAACCUCAUACUUACAAGUGCAACCUCACUACCAGAGCACUAUGUCCCAAGGCUAUUACAACAAUUCACCUACAACAGGUUACUAUGCUCCCACAUAUUCUAAUCAAGGCCAGCAAUCCUGGAGGCCCAAAUCUGGGAGAUAACAGAUGGGGUGAGCUGCUGUUCAAUCCACAUUUGUUUUUCUCGUCUGUUUUGUUUUUGAGUAAAAUGUUUUAUUGCAACUGAAUCUUACACAGCAUGUUGUGAUUGAGCUCUUUGAACUUUGCAUUUUGUCAAAAAUGUGCUAAGUGGAUGCUCUUUAAUACAAUUUACUGGGAUGCUCGUGAUUAAUGAAAGGGACAUUUUGUUACAUAGACGAAAAA